AUGGCCCCUCCACGAAGCCGUCAUACGAAGUCCUCGAGCGUCGCCUCCAGCAGCAGCCCAGCAGAUGUCGCAGCAAACGGCAUUGCCACGACUCCAAGCUCCAAAUCCGACUCAGCUUCCGUCGCGCGCAAACGGCGUCCUUCGCGCUCGACCGCGUCGUCGCCUGCCGGCUCACCUGUCGUGGUCAUCCCAAACCCCUCGCCGAGAACGGAACUCCAGAGCAAUACCCCGAAGGCCGGUAUCUCACAGAGGAAAGAAUUUGAACCCUUGAAAUUAGCGGUCAUCCUGGUGUUGAGCACAGCGUUGGAGUCGGGGUUACAGACAGCGGCGUCAAUGGUCGGAGUAGGUGACCUAGCGGGAGUCUCGAGAUCGCCCGAUACGUGGGUCGAGGUCCUGGGAUUGCUGGGCUGGAAAAUAGCAAAACUAGGUGUAUACUGGGUUGGCGAUUUUGACGCGUACGACGUUGCUUCCCUCUCCCUCCUUCUCGACACCCCGCCCGCCCUUCUUCUGGGCCUCUUUUACGAGAUAUCUCCCGUGACACUGACGUCCACCACUCUCUCCUCCGUGAUCGCCAACUCCCUUCCAUACUACCUCCUCCGUCCCUUGUCCCCUUCGCACCACCCGAACAGCGCGCCAAAAUCGAGUCUUCGAAACCGGCCCAUUCUAACAGACCCGUACACGACCGUGGCGACGUCCCUGCUCGCGGCAGCCAUCUUUGCCGUCCUCCUCGAAGCAAGCUUCGCCACUUUCCUGCCGACCUGGCUCAUUGUCUAUUUCACGGGUCUCAGGACGCUAGAGCCCGCGCAUCUAGGUCCCGCGGGUCUGCCUACGCUCCUCCUGGCUUUGGUGCCUGCGGGCUGGGCGUGCAUGGAGUUCCUCUUUGCGCCGUCAACGGCGGCUGCGGGUGUCUCUACCGGCACAGUCGCACACCCCAGCAAAGUUUUUGAUCCUUCGACCGCCACUUUCUGGGGACACGUUUACCACAACGCGUGGGGUUGGUAUUCGGCGCGCCAGAAGGAAUUGAUCACUCGUACGGGUCUGUUGACCGGCUUAAUGGUUGCCGAGACCGUUCUGACGCUUUGGGGCACCGUAGCGGGAGUCGAAAUCACAGGUGCGCUCGGCUAUGCCGGUGUCUGGGGUCUGGGAUGUGUGGUUACAGGCGCUGUAUUGGACUGGGUCGGUGGGCCGAGUGAUUGA